GCCGAGAACGCGCCUGGGCCGCCGUGACCGCGCGUCAGCUUGACCACGCCCUCCGAUGGAGCCAUUUUUUUCUUAAUGGACGGAGGGCGAGGCGAGACAGGGCCCUGGAAAUAACACAUUUCAAAUACUAUGAAUGCCAAACGUUAAUACGGCAGCAAAUGAGGGACUUUAAAUGUGUAAAUAUUUUUUAACAACAUCAAUUCUUUGGUGACUUUAGAAAUUGAAAUGAUCCGCACACUGUACACGUUUACGCUGGCCAACGUCAUCUGUUGCUGACGUCCACCUGAGACAUUUAAGACAAACAGCACCACCUGGUGGCUGAAGGGAUGCAGUGCAAUGAGGCGCGAUGUUCAGCAGUACCAGUUAACUGACGGCCCUUUGGUCCACAUGGCAUCUGAGCAACCUGGAAGCUCAGUUCAAAACUUUGAAGGCUAUCCAUUCAUCCAUUUACGUUCACUUAUCCGGGUCCGGGGGCAGCAGUCUCAUUCGGGAAGUCCAGACUUCCAGCGUUCUCAGGCCAGCUUUGGGCGAGAGGGAGGGUACACCCUGGACUGGUCGCAAGCCAAUCGCAGGGCACACAAAAAAGAACAACUUGAAUAUUUGAGUUGACUCACCGGAGCUACUUUACAAAUACUCUAGUUAUUCACCUCCCGUCCAGCAGAGAGCAGUGUUCAUACUCGCCUUCGGAAGUGGAACUCUGGUGUAAAUGUUGUUGACUUCCUCGCGCACUAAAAAAACAUGUCCGCCAUGCAGCUUUUGCAGUAACGUUAAGGAAAACAAACAUCGCAGUCAUACGCUCCUCACUUCUCUUUAAAAGACUCUGACGCACAUAGCAUUGCAAAGAAACACAACAGCUUCGCAAACGUGAACUCUCUGCCUGUCGACGUUGCGUCCACCACAAAGAUGUACAGUUAGCGUGUCCUUAAGAGAAGACGCCGGUCGGUUAGCUUAGCUUGCUAGCUGCAAGCAACAGCAGGCGGAGGUAAGCCAGCGGAAAGCGUCAAAAAUGUGCAAAGUCCAAAAGCUGAGAGAGUUGUUGAACGAGCGACUAGCGGCUGCCGUUGAGGAAAUACGUGGACUGUUUGAAAGAACCGUAGCGGUGUUCGAGGAGGAACUUCAUCGAACAAAAGACGAGGUGGAGCGACAGCGUCAGCUCCUGGACGCUUCUUUCAGGCCUCAAGUUUGGAUAGAAAAAGCAGACGUCCAACACUGGAGCUCCAGAGUGGAGCAGGAGGAGCCCCUCCAUGUGAUAGAGAAAGAGGAGUGCCAUGUGAAGAGUGAAGAAGAUGAUGAAGAGCAGGCUGAGUGGUCACAGCUUUAUCACGGUGAGGAGGAGACGAGUCGUCACGCUGCUGGAGACCACCACGGAGGAGCCCGCAUACACCCCAGUCAGCGUCUUCAGCCUCACGGCGACACGACGGCAGCCGACACCCACCAAAGUGACACAAACCAUCCCAAAAGUGCGAUUCUUCAUCCCGACGAGGCGCUUUUUGUCUGCCGUGAGUGCGGGAAAACCUUCAGUCAGCGCUCCAGUCUGCAAAGACACGCAGGACAUCACGCCGGAGACAAACCGUUCAGCUGCGUGUUUUGCAGCCAAACAUUCCGACAGCGCUCGCUGUUGGAGAGGCACACCCGCGCUCACACCGGGGAGAAACCUUUCAGCUGCUCGCUGUGCGACUCCACCUUCAGCCGGCGCAACGGGCUGGAGGAUCACAUGAGGAUUCACACGGGGGAGAAACCCUUCUCCUGCUCGCUGUGCCACAGCCGCUUCACUAAGCGCUACACGCUGGUGCUGCACAUGAGGACGCACACGGGCGAGAAGCCCUUCUCCUGCAGGAUGUGCGGCAAGGCCUUCUCCCAGCAGGGAGUCAUGAGGACGCACAUGCGCACACACACCGGCGAGAAGCCGUUCAGUUGCAGUGCGUGCGAGAGACGGUUUGCGAGGAAAUACCAGCUGGAAAGACACCACUGCAUGGGGCCUCACACACUUGGAACAGUUGAACUUGGGCAGGAGAAGUAGUCGUAGUACUACUAGUAGUAGUACUCUUUCCACAGUGACUGAAAUCCAGGUAAUCACUGGUAAUAAUUACUGCGUGGGUUUUCUCCGGGUUCUCCGGCUUCCUCCCACAUUCCAAAAACAUGUACGUUAGGUUCAUUGGCGCCUCUAAAAUGUCCAUAAGUAUGAACGUGAGCGUGAGUGAUUGUGUGUGCUCUGCGAUAUGUUGGCGACCGGUCCCGAGGUGUGCCCCGCCUCUUGCCCGAAGUCGGCUGGGACAGGCUCCAGCAUGCCCACGACCCUGGUGAGGAUAAACAGCAUAGAAAAUGGAUGGAUGUUACAUCAAUAAAUGUUGCAGCAAUCA